AUGUCGGAGACUUCAAGCGUCGGGAAUCGUGGCAUCGAUAGCUUCGAUCCAGACGAGCCUUUCGAUGAGGCCACCGUCAUUCACCGAUUCGAAGACGAUGUCGAAGACACGCAGAUCCACGCGUUUCAAAGGAGCAGCCUGCUGCCAUGGCAGCGGGCGGUCACGCUGCAGGAGCUCCUCACGAUUCGCAGCGACCUUCCCCGUCUGUGCAAUGGCUGGAGGAGUGAACGCACUGGCCACCAUCUGGUGCCCGAGAAGACGUACGACUUCGUGUCUUGGCUGCUGUUGACGGAGAAUGGGGUGUCCGAGGACACUUCGCUGCCCAAGGCCGUUGCCAUCAUCUGCCAGGUAGAGGUGGUGACAGAGUUGCAGGACGAGAACGACGGAAGGUCGUACUUGGACCUGCUCGUAGACCUGAAGCGCGGACGCUUCCUGACUGGUCCGAAGGCUCCCGGUCUGUGCCUGGACAUUGAGAAUGUGCAGAAUGGUGACUGGUCGCCAGCCCCUGAGAAGGUCACAUGUAAUGGUCUCUCCGCGAGCUACAAGGAGCUCUUGUCAACCCAGCCAUGCGUUCCGGUGUGGUAUUGCAGUCACUGGUGGGGAGAGCCGAUUUUUGAGUUCGUGAGCGGUUGCCGGCGCCACGCAGAAGUUCGGCACCUUGUGGUCGACGCACGAUACUGGGUGUGUGGCUACGCCAAUCGCCAGCACGAGCUCGAUCAAGAGAUCUCAGCUAAUAUCGUGCAGACAUCGUUCUACGCAGCACUUCGCGAGGCGAAGGGUCUCCUCCUGAUCUUGGACCCAAAGGCUACUCCUUUCUCGAGGAUUUGGUGCGACUUCGAGCUUUACACGGCCAUCAUGAGUCGUGACAUGGGGCUCGACAUCGUCACUACCAUCCCGCCCAGACAUGGGAAAGAAGCAGAGACGCGAAUGUUGAGCAAGGACUUGGAGUCAGCGGUGGCCAAGUCUGUCCGGGAGCAGAAUUUCCCCAUCAAUAUUCUGGCGCACGGGUUGGAGGUCAUGCUGGAGAAUGGCAUGGCCACCCAGGAGGAGGACAAGCAGGCCAUCCUUGAUGCCAUCGCCACGGAGCAGUUUGAGCCCGGACCUGGGAAGCCUCAGAUCUCGAACGAGCUGCGGGCCAACAUGACCCUCCACUCCACUCUCGCCAUCCUCGCCUGGCCACAGGCGAUGAACAGGGGCCUUUUGAGGCACGGUGCGGACGACGACGACUUCGAUGUCGAAGGAGCUUUGCGUUCGGAUGUUACGAGGGACUCCGUUGAAUUGAGCCUAGCGCACUUCGAGAAGACCUGCGUGGAUGCAGGUGUGAAAGUCCUGGCAGAGUGCAUUCCUCCCAAUAUUUCGAACCUCAAGCUGAGUUUCGAAGGCUGCCAUCAGCUGACCGAUGCGUCCCUUCAUGCGCUGGCAUCCCAUCUCCCCAAGCUCAGGACUCUCUACCUCGAUUUCGUGGGCUGCGAGAACCUGACGGAUGUUGGUAUGAAGGCGCUGGCCGAGAGCCUGCCGGAGACCUUGGUCGAGCUGGAGCUCCACUUCGUGGGCUGCAUUCGCCUGAACUCCUCGGGCCUGGCUCCUGGGGCCCAUUUUUGGGGGUUGGAAAAUCGAGGCUUCAAUUGUUAG